UUCUCCAACCCCUCCGCCUCCUUCUCGACCUCCACCUCCACAUCCAUGGCCGCUCUCACCACCAAAUCCACCAAGCUCCUUCUCUCCAAACCCCUCUCUCCAUCUGAUACCCAGCUCCUCUCUCAUCUCCACUCCCUCAUCAUCACCUACCACCAAUCCAACCCACCAUCCUCUUCCUCCCUCCCACCAUCCCCUUCCUUCCUCUCCCCCUCCCUCUCCUCCUCCUUCUCCUCCCUCCUCCCUUCCCCUCCUUCCCCUUCUCUCGUCCACUCCCUCAUCCACCUCCUCUCCCUCCCCAACCACUCCCCUCCCUUCCUCCCCACCCUCUCCUUCUUCAACUGGUACCUUUCCAUUCACCCCCCUUCUUCCCAUCCUUCCCCUCUCCCCUUCCUCCCCAUGCUCGAUUUCGCCGCCAAGCUCCGCCAUUUCCACAUCUCCUGGCACUUCCUCGACCUCCUCCACUCCCACUCCAUCCCCAUUCCCCUCUCCGCCUUCUCCUCCCUCAUCCGCCGUUACAUCCGCGCCUCCCUCCCCGACGCUGCCAUCUCCGCCUUCCUCCGCAUCCCCAGCUACAACCUCCAGCCUACCCCUUCCACCUUCUCCCUCCUCAUCUCCUUCCUCUCCAAGGGACGCUUCGCCUCCCACGCUCAAUCCCUUUUCGAUUCCCUCAAGCACAAGUUCCCUCCCGACGUCGUCCUCUACUCCAAUCUCGUCCACGCCUGGUGCCGCGCCGGCCGCAUCGACGAAGCCGAACGCGUCUUCCGUGAGAUGAAAGACAAUGGUAUCAAUCCCAAUGUUUAUACUUUCACUUCUAUUAUUGAUGCUAUGUGCCGUGCCGGCCAGAUUCCUCGUGCUCAGGAGCUUCUUUGCCAGAUGAUUGAUGAUGGUUGUAGCCCCAAUACCGCAACUUUCAAUAGUUUCAUGCGUGCUCAUGUCAAGGCUGGCCGGACUGAGCAGGUCUUGCAGGUGCAUAACCAAAUGAAGCAGCUUGGCUGUGAGCCUGAUGUCAUUACUUACAAUUUCCUCAUUGAGACUCAUUGCCGGAAAAGGCAGAGGAAUCUCGAUGCCGCUAUAAAGGUUUUGAACCAGAUGAUUGCCAAGGGCUGUGCUCCCGAUGCACAUACCUUCAACCAUGUCUUCAAGUGUGUUUUGGAGCUCGGCGAUGUGAAUGCGGCGCAUAAGUUGUAUACUAAGAUGAGGGAGGUCAAGUGUGAGCCGAAUACGGUGACGUAUAAUUUGCUCAUGGGGUUGUUCAGUAAGGCGAAAUCUAUGGAUAUGGUGUUGAGGAUGAAGAAAGAGAUGGAGGAAGAAGGGGUGGAGGCCAAUGUGAAUACAUAUGGAGUGUUGAUCUCGGCUUUCUGCGAGAGGGGGCAUUGGAAAAGGGCUUAUGGGUUGAUGAAGGAGAUGGUGGAGCAGAAGUGCUUGAAGCCAUCCGGGCCGACGCGUGAGAUGGUGUUUGGGUUAUUGAGGAAUGCAGGGCAGCUGACAAAGCAUGAGGAACUUGUGGAGAAGAUGGUGGAGAGAGGGUUCAUCUCCCGCUAUUUAUAGGAACAAUUUUGAUUUUGUGCAAGAAAGUCAAGCGCGCAAAGUGUAGCAUUAACAGAGGAAGAACUCAAUUAAACGGAGAAGGCUCCAUUGCGAAAAUGGGCCGCACAUUUUUGAACAAUUUUGACUUAAUUACAUACAGAUGGAAUACAUGACAAUAAACAUUUCUAACCGAUGAGAAAUGAUAGAUUGAAGGUAGCUUUGAUGUGGAUCAUGCUGCCGAUGGUUCUUCUUCAUGCGUCCGAAGAUUUCUUAAUAUCAUGAAUGCUGAGUUUUUGCAGGCUUUAAAUUGUGGCUUUUUGGCUUAGAAUUUCAUGUUGCUGAAUGCUCUCAGCUUGAGACAAGUCAAGUGUUUAGAAACUGGUGAUGAGAAAGCUUGAUCUCUUAACCUGUAAUAUAUAUUUGUUUGGAUUAUCUUUUAGGUUUUGUUAUUUAUUGUCUUUUAAUCAUGAUUAACUCUUGCUUAA